GGAGAGAGGAAGAAGGGGAUUGUCGGCUGUGCGCUGUCCUCCCUAGCCAUUUUUCUCCGUCUUUGUUUUGCGAUCCGAGAGGAGGGAUUUCGAGGGAGCGCAUCUCUGGAAAAACUCGCUGGAGAUCGAUUUUUUCCCGUGUUUUUUUAUUCGUUUUUGGUUAGACCCGACUGUUUCCUUGGGUAGGAAGAGUGGAAAAAAAAAGGUGGAUUUGAGGUGGUGGCGGGGGAAAGGGCGGUUCUUUGUCUCCAGAGGAGCAACGAGGAAGAAGGCUACCGUUUUGAAGUCGUCCAGGGAAAACCAACCUUGAUCGGUUCUUGGGCGGAAGAAAAAAAAGUCCUCUGAUCACUGCUUAUUGGAGUCUUUCUAAGUCAAGAUCCUGCAAAUCUGUUUCUUUUUGGCUGGAUCUUCCUAAACCUUUCCAAGAUCUCACAGAGACUCAUUGUUCCUUCGGAAAACCUGAAAAGAAUUGUCUCUUUUAUUAUCUUGUUGUGAAAUAGAAACCAUGGCCGCCGUCCCAGGCUCGACCCAUAAGCUCCAAUAUGGUUCAGCGGCUCUUCCCCCUGUUUUAAGCCAUAAGAGGCGUGUCCGCCGUGGGAAUGCGCGAUACCCUGCUUCGAGACGGCUGCAUGCCAUCUCUUUAGAAAACAAGUUUCUCGGCAUGAAGCUCCGAGCUUGUGAACGAGUCCAGAUGUGGCGGACUGAUGGCCCGGGACGUUCCCCGAAGCUGAGAGUCGUAUCGCCGUCCAUGUCAAUCUCUCAGGUGCCUGAGAAGCCCCUGGGUCUCUAUGAUGCGUCCUUUGACAAGGAUUCUUGUGGCGUCGGAUUUGUUGCAGAGCUCUCUGGGGAGCAUAACCGGAAAACUAUUGCUGACGCGAUUGAGAUGCUGGAGAGGAUGGCCCAUCGCGGCGCCUGUGGUGCCGAGACCAAUACAGGAGAUGGAGCUGGAAUCCUCGUAGCUCUACCACACGACUUCUUCAAGGAGGUAACAAAGGAUGCAGGUUUUGUACUGCCACCACCUAAUCAGUAUGCUGUUGGUAUGUUCUUCUUGCCAACUGAUGACAGUCGCAGGGAGAAAAGCAAAGCUGUAUUUACUAAGGUUGCAGAGUCGUUGGGACAUGCUGUCCUUGGGUGGCGCCCUGUACCAACAAACAAUACAGAUUUGGGUGUCUCUGCUCGACAAACAGAGCCAAUCAUUGAACAAGUAUUUCUUACACCAAGUCCAAAAUCAAGUGCUGAUUUCGAGCAACAGAUGUAUAUAUUACGGAGGGUUGCAAUGGUUUCUAUUAGAGCUGCUCUGAAUCUACAGCAUGGUGGAAUGAGGGACUUCUAUAUAUGCUCCCUUUCUUCAAGGACUAUUGUUUACAAAGGUCAGCUGAAGCCAGAUCAAAUAAAGGACUACUAUUAUGCAGAUCUUGGCGAUGAAAGGUUUACGAGUUACAUGGCCCUGGUCCAUUCUCGUUUCUCCACAAACACCUUUCCUAGCUGGGAUCGUGCUCAACCCCUGUGUUUAUUGGGUCACAAUGGAGAAAUUAAUACACUACGAGGAAAUGUGAACUGGAUGAAGGCACGGGAGUGUCUUUUGAAGGGCAGGGAACUGGGUUUAUCAAAGAAUGAAAUGAAGAAACUCCUACCCAUUGUGGAUGCUAGCUCAUCAGAUUCAGGUGCAUUCGAUGCUGUUCUUGAGUUCUUGGUUCGAACCGGUAGAAGCCUGCCAGAAGCUGUCAUGAUGAUGAUACCUGAGGCAUGGCAGAACGACCCAAACAUGGACCCUGAUAGAAAGGCUCUAUAUGAGUAUUUCUCAGCUCUCAUGGAACCCUGGGAUGGGCCUGCUCUUGUAUCUUUCACUGAUGGCCGCUAUCUUGGAGCCACAUUGGAUCGUAAUGGGUUGAGGCCUGGUCGCUUCUAUGUUACACACAGUGGGCGCGUUAUCAUGGCCAGCGAAGUUGGUGUUGUAGAUAUUCCCCCCGAGGACGUGUCAAGGAAAGGAAGACUCCACCCUGGAAUGAUGUUGCUGGUAGAUUUUGAAAAUCACACUGUUGUCGAUGAUGAUGCCUUAAAGAAACAUUACUCACAAGCGAGACCAUAUGGAGAGUGGCUCAAGAGACAGAAGAUAUGCCUCGAGGACAUCGUGGAUUCUGUGCCUGAAACUGGCAGGACUCCUUCAAGCAUAUUUGGAACAAUUCCAGCAAAUAAUCAUGACGAGAACAUGGGAAUUCAUGGUAUCUUGGCUCCACUGAAGGCCUUCGGUUACACGGUAGAGGCUUUGGAGAUGAUGUUGCUUCCCAUGGUAAAGGAUGCAACGGAAGCUCUUGGAUCAAUGGGAAAUGAUACUCCAUUAGCUGUGAUGUCGAACAGAGAGAGACUUACGUUCGAGUAUUUUAAACAGAUGUUUGCUCAAGUCACAAACCCGCCAAUCGAUCCAAUUCGGGAGAAAAUUGUUACAUCUAUGGAGUGCAUGAUCGGUCCAGAAGGGGAUCUGACCGACACCACUGAAGAGCAGUGCCGCCGUCUUACGCUGAAAGGGCCUCUUCUUUCCAUUGAUGAAAUGGAGGCUAUGAAGAAGAUGAACUACAGAGGUUGGCGCAGCAAAGUGAUUGACAUCACUUAUCCAAAGAAGCAUGGCCGGAAGGGUCUGGAGGAGACUUUGGAUAGGAUUUGUUGUGAAGCUUGUGAUGCUAUUUAUGAGGGCUAUACGACCAUUGUACUAUCUGACAGAGGCUUUUCAUCGAAGCGUGUUGCUGUUAGUUCCCUCUUGGCAGUUGGUGCUGUCCAUCAACAUCUAGUCUCAAAACUUGAGCGAACUCGCAUCGGUCUGCUGGUUGAAUCUGCUGAGCCUCGUGAAGUGCAUCAUUUUUGCACUCUGGUUGGUUUUGGUGCAGAUGCCAUAUGCCCAUAUUUGGCCAUAGAAGCAGUCUGGCGAUUACAGAUUGAUGGGAAGAUCCCUCCUGAAGGUGAUGGCCAGUUGCAUUCACGAGAGUAUCUAGUCAGAAAAUACUUCAAAGCAAGCAAUGAUGGAAUGAUGAAAGUUCUUGCCAAAAUGGGGAUAUCCACUCUUGCUUCCUACAAAGGAGCACAGAUUUUUGAAGCUUUGGGUCUUUCUUCCGAGGUGAUCCAGAAGUGCUUCAGCGGCACCCGAAGUAGAAUCGGGGGUGCAACAUUUGAAAUGCUUGCUCGUGAUGCGCUUCGUCUCCAUGAAUCGGCAUUUCCAACCAGAGCUCUACCAUCUGGAAGUGCAGAAGCAGUUGCGCUGCCUAAUCCUGGCAAUUACCACUGGAGAAAAGGAGGUGAAGUGCAUCUCAAUGAUCCCCUUGCAAUUGCAAGAUUGCAAGAAGCAGCCAGAGAUAACAGUGUGGCAGCAUACAAAGAAUACUCGAGGCUAAUACAGGAGCUGAAUAGGACCUGCAAUUUGCGCGGUAUCCUGAAGUUUAAAGAUGCUGCUGAGAAGAUUCCCUUGGAUGAAGUGGAACCUGCUGGUGAGAUCGUGAAACGCUUUGUCACAGGAGCUAUGAGUUAUGGUUCAAUAUCAUUGGAAGCACAUACCACUCUAGCUCUUGCAAUGAACAAACUUGGAGGCAAAUCGAAUACUGGUGAGGGAGGUGAGCAACCUUCACGUAUGGAGCCUCUUCCGGAUGGUUCGACGAAUCCAAAGAGGAGUUCAAUUAAACAAGUUGCAAGUGGAAGGUUCGGAGUUUCGAGCUACUAUCUUACCAAUGCUGAUGAACUCCAGAUAAAGAUGGCUCAGGGGGCCAAGCCCGGUGAAGGAGGUGAGCUGCCAGGCCACAAAGUGAUUGGUGAUAUUGCAGUCACUAGGAAUUCUACUGCUGGUGUAGGGCUUAUCAGUCCUCCUCCCCACCACGAUAUAUAUUCAAUCGAAGAUCUCGCCCAACUAAUUCAUGACCUUAAGAAUUCAAACCCAGGGGCUCGAAUCAGUGUGAAGUUGGUCUCAGAGGCUGGUGUAGGUGUGACUGCCAGUGGAGUUGUAAAAGGGCAUGCUGACCAUAUUUUGAUCUCUGGCCAUGAUGGAGGAACAGGAGCUUCCCGUUGGACUGGCAUCAAGAAUGCGGGCCUUCCCUGGGAGCUCGGAUUGGCGGAGACACAUCAAACUUUAGUGGCAAACGAUCUUCGUGGCAGAACCGUUCUUCAAACCGAUGGCCAGAUGAAAACCGGAAGGGAUGUUGCUAUCGCUGCUUUACUCGGUGCAGAAGAGUUCGGUUUCAGCACUGCUCCUCUCAUAACCCUCGGUUGCAUUAUGAUGCGGAAGUGCCAUAAGAAUACCUGCCCGGUUGGCAUUGCCACCCAAGACCCCAUGCUUCGUGAAAAGUUCUCUGGGGAACCUGAGCAUGUUAUCAACUUUUUCUUUAUGCUGGCGGAGGAAGUCCGCGAGAUAAUGGCUCGGCUGGGUUUUGGAACCAUCAGCGAAAUGGUUGGCCGUGCGGAUAUGCUCGAGAUCGACGGAGAAGUAGUUAAAAACAAUGAAAAGUUGGAGAAUAUUGAUCUCUCAUUGCUGCUUAAGCCUGCAGCUGAGAUUCGGCCGGAAGCUGCUCAGUGUUGCAUCCAGAAGCAGGAUCAUGGCCUGGACAUGGCAUUAGAUCAAGAGCUUAUCACUUCAUCAAAAGCCGCUCUCGAGAAGCGUCUUCCCGUUUACAUCGAGGCACCAAUUCGAAAUGUAAACCGAGCUGUCGGUACCAUGCUUAGUCAUGAAGUUACCAAACGUUAUGGCAUGAAAGGGCUGCCUAAGGAUACAAUCCACAUUAAGCUAAGUGGAAGUGCUGGUCAGAGUCUUGGGGCUUUUCUCUGCACUGGAAUAACCCUUGAGCUUGAAGGAGACAGCAAUGACUAUGUUGGGAAAGGAUUGUCUGGCGGCAAUAUCAUAGUGUAUCCUCCCAGAGGAAGCCGAUUUGAUCCAAAGGAGAACAUGAUCAUUGGCAAUGUUGCUUUAUAUGGAGCCACGAAUGGGGAGGCAUAUUUCAAUGGAGUGGCUGCGGAGAGGUUUUGUGUACGCAAUUCAGGUGCUAGAGCAGUUGUAGAAGGUGUUGGUGAUCAUGGGUGUGAGUACAUGACUGGUGGUGCUGUUGUUAUACUUGGAAAAACUGGGAGAAAUUUCGCUGCUGGUAUGAGUGGUGGAAUUGCUUAUGUUUUGGAUGUCGAUGGAAAAUUCCAUUCCCGGUGCAAUACCGAACUGGUUGAUCUCGAACAAGUUGAAGAGGAAGAUGAUAUUGCAACAUUGCAAAUGAUGAUACAGCAGCAUCAGCGUCACACCAGCAGUGAGUUAGCAAGAGAGGUCCUCGCAGAUUUUGACGAUCUUCUCCCAAAGUUUGUGAAAGUAUUGCCACGGGAUUACAAGAGGGUUCUUCAGAACUUGAAGGCAGAGCAAGCUGCCAAAGAAGCUGAGGAACAAGAAGAAAAGGAGCUGAUGAAAAAAGAUGCCUUUGAAAAGCUUAAGAAGUUGGCAGCUGCAUCUUUGAAUGAGAAGAAAGUGGAAGAUUCGAGGUCGACAAUGAGGCCAACUCAGGUAACUGAUGCGGUCAAGCAUCGAGGUUUUCUUGCUUAUGAGCGAGCGAGCAUUUCAUAUAGGGAUCCUGAUGUUCGAAUUAAUGAUUGGGAGGAAGUUGCUGUGAAGUCAAAGCCUGGGCCAUUGUUGAAAACACAAUCUGCCCGUUGCAUGGACUGUGGAACUCCCUUCUGUCAUCAGGAAAAUUCUGGAUGCCCUCUUGGAAAUAAGAUACCAGAAUUUAAUGAACUAGUCCAUCAGAGUAGGUGGCGUCAAGCUCUAGAUCGGCUUCUGGAGACAAAUAACUUUCCAGAAUUUACCGGUCGAGUCUGCCCCGCUCCCUGCGAAGGUUCUUGUGUUCUUGGGAUCAUUGAGAACCCUGUAUCUAUCAAAAGCAUAGAAUGUGCCAUCAUAGACAAAGCCUUUGAAGAAGGAUGGAUGGUUCCUCGACCUCCACUUCAGAGAACCGGGAAGAGAGUUGCCGUCAUCGGUAGUGGGCCAGCUGGUUUGGCCGCUGCUGAUCAGCUAAAUAAAAUGGGUCACUUGGUUACUGUUUUUGAGCGUGCUGACCGCAUUGGGGGCUUGAUGAUGUAUGGAGUUCCUAACAUGAAGGCAGACAAAAUCGACAUCGUUCAGCGCCGUGUUGACCUAAUGGCCAAGGAAGGUAUCACUUUUGUGGUGAAUGCCAAUGUUGGGAAAGACCCCUUGUAUUCUCUUGACUGGCUCCGAUCUGAGAAUGAUGCAAUUGUUUUGGCUUGUGGUUCUACAAGACCAAGGGAUCUGCCUGUGCCUGGGAGGGAGCUCUCUGGAAUUCAUUUUGCCAUGGAAUUUCUUCAUGCAAACACCAAAAGCUUGCUUGAUAGCAAUCUACAGGAUGGUAAAUAUAUAUCUGCUAAGGGGAAGAAGGUUGUGGUUAUCGGUGGAGGAGACACGGGGACAGACUGUAUUGGGACAUCCAUCCGACAUGGUUGCACCAGCAUCGUAAAUCUAGAGCUCCUUCCUGAACCACCAAGAAAAAGAGCACCAGGCAACCCCUGGCCACAGUGGCCUCGCAUUUUCCGAGUAGAUUACGGUCACCAGGAAGCAGCAGCCAAAUUUGGAGAAGACCCAAGAUCGUAUGAGGUCUUGACCAAGCAUUUUGUGGGGGAUGAGAAUGGCGUUGUGAAAGGCCUUGAGGUGGUGCAUGUAAGAUGGGCAAAGGAUAGCAGUGGCAAAUUCCAGUUCGAGGAAAUCAAAGGUUCUGAAGAGAUAAUCGAGGCUGAUCUGGUCUUCUUAGCUAUGGGGUUCCUUGGUCCCGUGUCGACAAUCGCUGACCAGCUGGGGCUGGAGCGGGACAACCGAUCCAACUUCCAAGCAGAGUACGGGCGCUUCUCGACCAAUGUGGAUGGUAUCUUUGCUGCUGGGGACUGCAGGCGCGGUCAGUCACUGGUUGUUUGGGCCAUCAACGAGGGCCGGCAGGCAGCAACGCAGGCGGACAAAUACUUGAUGACAGAGGCCGGUGUCGCCAAGGAUACCCUCAGCAGUGAAGAGGAUGUGGUCCAAGUGACCACGUAGAAGAGGAAAGUGUCUUCCCUGAAAGUUGGUACUGGAGUUAAAAGGAAACGGAUGGGAGAAUCUGAGUCAUUUGGCAAGCAAUGGGGUUGGGGAGGGGCCGUAGAGGCCUUGUGAUGGAUACUAGAAAAUUUUGCUGGGUUUUUGUCAGGGCUUCAGGCUUUUCUCUGCAGUCUUAUUGAUUAAUGAAAUUUUGGUUCAUGAAUAAUGGACGGUUUUUAUCCGUUGAAUUGAAA